AUGACAACAGCUUCACCGAUGUUUUUUGAUCCUUCACAAAUGAUGCCACCUCCUUUUUAUCUACCUCCUCCUCCUGCAGUACCAGCUCCUGCUCAAGUACCAGCUCCGUCAAAGUCUACGUUACUAGAUCUCUUGAAAAUCCUCGUCGGUUUACUUAUUGCAAUAAUGAUUGGUGCUCUUUUUGCACUUGUUUUAUUUUUUCCACGUGCAUCGAAUACAAUUGAUGUACGAGAAUCGAAUGAAAAAAUUGCUAAACUGUUAAGUGAAUCGAAUGAAAAGAUAGCACAAUUACAACGUGAGCAAGCGCUAUUCAUGGAAACCGAACGUCAAAGACGUCAGGAAAAUGUAAUGGAAAAAUAUCGUUUUGAAGAUCGAUUAAUUGCGCAACAACGAGUCGAACGACAGAUAUCAAUUGAAAAUCAACGUCUCGAACGCCAAUAUAAUUUAACUGAAAAACAUCGUUACGAAGAUCAAUUGUAUGAUCAAAAGAAACGUGAACAAGAUUUAAUAUUUGCCUUGCAUCAAUCAAGUCAGCAAUUAGAAGUUGAACAGAAACGUUUACAAAUACUAUUAGAAGAAAAACGAUUAGACGAACAAACUAAAAAAAAUGAUCUUACAAUGAAACAAUCAGAAUUAUUAUCAGAAUUUAUGCAAGAAAUUAUGUCAACAACACAACCAAUUAAUGCAGUCAAAUUUGAGUUGAAAAUUCAUUCAUUACUACGUCAAUGUGAUUCUGUUCAUAAAUCAUUAUUAAUUCAAUUUUUAUACAAAUUUAAAUAUAUCAAUGCUAAAAACUCAGCAAAUCCAACUUUAGAUUUACAAGGAGCUAAUUUAAAAAAUCUUCGUUUGGAUGAUUUGGAUGCUGAAUCAGGCCAAAUCGGUCGUCGGCUAGAUUAUUCUCAACUUUCAUUACCGUUAACAAGCUUAAUCAAUGCUUCACUCGAACAAAUCUAUUUCAAUGAAGCUAAUUUUAGUAUGUGUAAUAUGGCCGGUACUUCAUUUCGUUCUUCACAAGGUAUCGGAGCAGAUUUCUAUAGAGCUAAUUUAUCUCUUACAAGUUUUGUUAAUGCUGAUGUAUCUCAAAGUAAUUUUUCGCAUGCGACAAUUGAACGUGCUUCAUUUCUCAACGCGAAUUUAUCACAAGCGGAUAUGAAUAAUGCAAACCUUAAAUCGGCAAAUCUACAAUUUAUCAGUGCUGUUCAAACAAGUUUUUUUCUAGCUGAUAUUUCAUCAGCUGAUUUUAAUUCAGCAAAUCUUGUACAAGCCAACUUGGCUCAUUUAUCAGCUCGAUCAGCAAAUUUUCAUAGUGUAAAAGCUAUGCAAGCAAAUUUUUCAUAUGCUAGUAUGGCAAGUUGUGUUUUUCAAUGGGCCGAUCUUAGUAGUGCAUCGUUUCAGAGGGCAUUUUUAGCUGGCUCUAAUUUUGAGAAUGCCAAUGUGCAAGAUGUAGAUUUUACUGGAGCAUAUCUUGCUAACGCAACAAUCACGCCAGGACAAUUGGCCGAAGCUCUAUCAAUUGCACAAGCAGUGUUACCCAAUGGAACCAUAGGAAGAAAUAGAAAUUUAGCAAGUAAUAGUGAUGCAAGUUGUAAGUAUAUUAAUGGUAUAAUAGCCGAUUGGAAUACCAAUGGAGAUGUUAUUACUAAACAAGAGAAAUCCAGUACUGAAUGCGUUUUUGAAGCAAGAAAAAUAAAUGCAACAUUAAGACAAAAUGUUAAUUUACAACGUUUUGAACGAGUGAUUAAACAUGGAAACAGUAACAUUUUUCUUGAAAUGCGUGUAAAACCAGCAGGAUUGCUAAAUUCAUCGACUUCACCUGCUUAUAUGAUUUUACGUUUUAUUGAUUCAAACAAUAACCAGAUUAAUCUUGAACAAUCAUUAGCGGAUAUAACUUGGUUUCAACCACCAUCAACAUUUACUGCUACUAUUCCUUGCCCUGCAACAACUACCCAACUGCAAGUGACAAUUGUAUUUCGAGAAGCUCAUGUAACUGCUGAUCAUAUUUAUGUAACAGUUGAUUAG